CAGGUCCAUAUAUCGUGCAAGAGUGAGUAUCCAUCUCGCCAAAAUUAUCGAGGGAGGAGAAGGAAACAUGGGAGGAGGAGCCAUGUCCCCCACGGUGUCUGGACAAGGUGGAGCCGCUGUUUAUUGUUCAUCCACCGUAGCAAAGCCAUCAACAGCCGUUACAACCACCAAUAUUGAGUCACUUAAUUCAGUCUCUGCCAUUUCCAGUCAAGAACCCUUCAAUAAUAAUCCAUCAACAGGGAUAAGCUGUAUGCACCAUGAAAACGUGGGUUCUCCAGUGGAUGGUACAAGUGGAACAGAAUAUGGUGCUGCAGCAGCAGCAGCAGGAAAGUGUUGUUCUGGCUGUGUUUUUGGGCCGGCACCAUCAAGAUUGGAAGUAGAAAGGGCCAUGACUGACCUACAGAGGUUUCUGCAUGGUGAAGAAGCUAAAUCUAACUUCCACUGGCUUCAACCAAUAGUUUAUCCUAGCGACUCAAGGAUGUUGCAAUCUCCUGGAUAUAGAAGAAUCCAAGAUGCUUUUGGUAUGCUUCAAAGAGAGCCAUCAGUUCAGAACCUGGUGGCCUCGAUCUCCUGCGACAAAGCUGUUUGGGACGCCAUCUUGAACAACAGGGCAGUUCAGGAUCUCGGGGGCUCAAUCUCUGCAGAACAAAGGACGCAGGCAUCUAGUGAACAAGCAGACAUAGCGAGCCUCAUCUUUAAGUGGAUUUUGGAAUUUACCAUAUCAAAGAUUAUGGAUGUGGUUGAGAAAAUUGGAUUGAUGAUGGCUGAAUUAUUUAUACCCGGUGACAAGGAAAAACCAACCUCAGAACUCACUGAUCUUGUCGAAGAAAAGAUUAGAUCUUCGUUGCUUCUUUCGGUUGUUAUUCUUUUGAUUGUGGUUGUCACCCGAAACAUUGGCGCCUGAUGAAGGCCUUCGUCUUCGGACAAAUGCAUAAACGGCGGCUACACAAGUUGGUCUUUAGUCUUUAGUCAUUUUAGCAUCUCAUCUGAUGUCUUUUGUCAUUUCUUUGUUGUAGAUUAUCUGGAUAUCAUUAUCGUGUUUGUAUGCUUUGUCUCAACAUACACAUGCAACAAAAUAAUCUCGGGAACUCAAAGCUUCCAUAGCUGCUAGCCGCCCUUCAAGCAGAGCUAAGAAAGACACUGAUGUAUUUAUUUCAGAAAAAUGAUGGUGGGAAAGAAAAAAUGAAAGAAAGAAAGGAAAGGAAAGGCUUGUCCUUUUGAGUGUAAGCAAAGUCUAAUAUCCAUCCUCUGGAAUAGAAUAGCAGCCUAUCAAUCAUGCUCACUUGUAAACAAAGAACAACUUUUGCUCCGUUCACAAUUCAACCACAACGCUGCUGCUUCUGUGGAGAUGCCAGGUAAGGAACAUUACCAGUACAAGAAUUUGCUGGACUAAUUACGCUUGCAAAUCGACUUCUAGUAGGAUCGCUUUUCAGUACAUGGUGGUAAUUGUUGGAUUAGCAAACGAAGCAGCCACAUCUUUGUGAUUAAACCGUUUGCUGCAUUUUUUUUGUUUUAUUCUCCAUCUUUAGUGGAGUAUAAAAGUUGUACUUAUUAAUAACCUCUCGUUUCCCUAAACUGUCAGAUAUCCUCUACAGCUCCAACUUUGAGGGCCACAAAUGACUUCGUCAUAAAACAUCGAAAAA